UUCUUCUUUGCUGAUGAUGAUAGAUGGAUAGACGACAACGACACAGUGCUUCUUCUAUCGAGAAGAAAAAUAUUCAGUGACCACAUAAAAUAAAUAAAGCUGUAAGCAUUACUGGAAGCCCAUCUGUCUGUUUAUUUUUAAACGACUUGUAAACCCAAUCGGCAAGGACGACACUUUCUGGCAUCAUGAAGAAUUACUGAAAGGGAUUCAAUUGUGAACUCGGCAAGCACUAGCCAGAGUUGUUGAGAAACUAACGAGGAAAGUACGGACCAUGGUUAAACCUACGCCAAUGGAGGAAAAGCUAAAGUACUCGCUACUGCGAGACUUGAACGACAGUCAGAGUAUAUGGACCAGAAACGAAAAAAGGACAUGGUUUCUAACGCUUCUGGCCGGAACAUGUAUGUUAUAUUCCACUCGAACAACGAUGCCGCUGCUGGUACCAGCUGUGGCAUCCGAGCGGAAAUGGAGCAAAACAGAUUCCGGAACGGUGUUGAGCUCAUUCUUCUGGGGCUACACGUUAACCCAGGUCCUCGGAGGCUAUCUUAGUGAUAAAUUUGGUGGUCAAAGGGUAAUACUACUCUCCGCCAUCGGUUGGUCGCUAAUCACAUUCUGGAUGCCAAACAUCAUCACGUCGGCAUCGUAUCUAUCAAGUUAUUCUAUACCGUUUAUCGUUGCUGUGCGCAUCGUCAACGGAGCCUGCCAGGGAAUUCACUUCCCCAGCAUGAUCAGCAUCACUAGUCAAAACCUGAGUGCAUCGGAGCGAACGAGCUUCUUCAGCAUUCUGACAUCCGGAUCGGCCUUCGGUAUCCUACUGACCGGUAUCCUGGGGUCGUUUAUCUUGGACUAUUUCGGAUGGCCAACAGUGUUCCGGGUAAUCGGAUUUCUAGGGUUGUCGUGGACUCUGUUCUUGCGUUACUUCACCAUGGCAACCGAUCGCAAUCGGAUAAUCAACCUCUCUCAGCCUAGCAGGAUAUGUUCCAAGCUGGGUCACACGGAAGCCGUCCCGUGGCUCAAGUUGUUUAGCAAAGCUUCCUUCUGGGCUUGCGUUCUAUCGCAUGCGUGUGAAAUGAACUGCUUCUUUGUUCUUCUUUCGUGGCUACCAACAUACUUCCACGAAAAUUUUCCACAUGCUAAGGGAUGGGUGGUGAACAUGAUACCAUGGUUGGCUCUACCACCUGUCAUCAUCCUCGGGAAAGCCUUCACCGAAACCUUGAUCUCCCGGCAAUGGUCAUUAACGAAAAUUCGGAAACUUGUUCAGAGUUUCUGUUUCCUCGGACAGAAUGCAGCGCUGUUCAUCAUGUGUCACACUGAGCAGUUCAACAUCGCCCUGGCGUGUAUGUCAAUUAUCAUCGGUCUCUCUGGAUUUCACAACAACGCCGUAACGGUGAAUCCCCAGGACUUGGCACCAAGCCAUUCUGGUAGUGUUUUUGGGCUCAUGAAUACCGUGGGUGCCAUUCCUGGCUUCUUAGGUGUCUACCUGGCCGGGCACAUCCUCGAGCUCACGCAAAGCUGGUCUGCAGUAUUUAGCACGGCGGCCGCAAUCAACACUGUCGGUUGGUUCGUCUUUACGAUCUUCGGAAGUGCCGAAGCGAUCAUAUAGGGCGAUUUUUGGAAUGAACGAACGGAUAGGCAGGCAAAUGCAAAAUUUAGUAAUUUUUUUUAAAUACCUAACUGUGUUUAUAGAUAAGGCGAACAACAAAAAUUGUGACUCAUUCCUAGCUGAAAACGUACCAAAACGCUCUCUCGCGGAAGUUGCGCGAGAUUCGAGACUAAAAUGGAUCGAAGACAAUGUAUGGGUAUUAAAUAUUUCCGAAAUAAACUAUUUAAAAACAUAAAAA